CGCCAUUGCCUCUGUGAUCCAUACUGUCCUCACCCACCUGAAGAGGAGGGAUGCUCUUUGUGGACUUCACAUCUGCCUUUAACACCAUCAUUCCCCAGACCCUGGUAGACAAACUCGCUUCACUUGGACUUAGCUCCUCCCUCUGCAACUGGGUCCUGGAUUUCCUGACCAACAGGCCACAGUCUGUGAGGAUCAACAACAUCUCCUCCUCCACCAUCAUCCUCAACACUGGCUCCCCCCAGGGCUGUGUGCUGAGCUCCCUCCUGUUCACACUGCUUACUUCAGACUGUCUUCCCACCCAUCCAGACUGUCAUAUUGUAAAGUUUGCGGACGACACAGUAGUGUUUGGUUGCAUCACAAACAGUGAUGAAUCGGACUACAGGCAGGAGGUGGAACAUCUGGAGAGUUGGUGCAGGAAGAACAACCUCUGCAUCAAUGCAGGAAAAACUAAAGAAGUUAUGGUGGACUUCAGAAGUGGCAGACACAUCCACCUGCACAUUGGAGGAUCAGCAGUGGAAGUGGUCUCCAGCUACAGGUACUUGGGGGUGCACCUGAACAACAACCUCACCUGGAGCAACWACACUACCAGCCUGAUCAAGAAGGCACAUCAGCGCCUCUUACCUCCUGAGACGGGGGCGCUCUGUCCUCGCCUCCUUUUACAGAAGUGCUGUGGAGAGAGUUUUAUGCUCCAGCAUUAUAGUGUGGCACGCAAGCUGCACUGUAGCAGAGAGGAAAGCUCUGCAGAGGGUGGGAAAGACCGCACAGAAAUUAGUUGGAGUCAGUUUCCCCACCACCACCGACAUCUACACCUCCAGAUGCAGGAAGAGGGCCACCUGCAUCAGGAAGGACCCCUCCCACCCAGCACACACUUUUUGUUCCGCUUCCCUCAGGAAGAUCAGGUUCAAAACCACCAGACUGAGGACCAGCUUCGUUCCAGAAGCUGUGAGACUCUUAAAACCACAGACUGGAACACAAGACCUCCAAAACAAAACAAAAACAAACUGUAACUACACAUUCAAUGCACGUGUAUUUGCAAUUCUGCCAUUGUUGCACACAUUUUAUAUCUUUUUUUUUUUUGUAAAUUUUUGUAAUCUUUGAGUAUAUUUAUUUGUUUUGUCUAUAUUUUUGGAUAGACCGGGACCUUGGGUACAAAAUUUUGUUCCACCAGAUGUAUGUGUGUUGUGAAUGACAUAAAACUUUCUUGCAUCUUUGAAUGGGAGAAGCUGCUUUACUGGUACUUGUGUAAUGUACAGGAAGUAGGUCCCAUCAGGGGAUCUGUAGGAAUUAUGUGGACAGGAAGUUGAAAGGUAACAGACUGCAG